AUGUCGUCCGCCCAGCCAGAGUCCUCGCGGCUUCACCCGCGUCGGCGGCCCUUAAACACUGAACUGCCUGCCCUGUCGACCGACUCUGCUGAAUCUUCCCAAAUGUGCCUGAAGAAAGGAGAGACCUUCUCUACUCCCACCUCGCCGCCUUCCAGUGACAGUGAUCCGGUCUUGAACCUUCGCUCACUGCCUCGCCGUUCGCCAACAUCCUUAGAAGCAAUCACCGCCGCCGAGGAGCGUAUGACUUCUAUCCUUGGUCGUCUGAGUCUUAGUACCACCGAGGAUAAACAAAAGGGUUCAGGAAACACUGGGCUUGAAAGCGUGCGCAGGAAUUCCAACACCAUGUCGAACCCCACUUCAAGCGAAAAGAAGACAGAGCAAGAGCAUGAUCAUAGCCACGAUUCUGACAGUGGCAUUGGAUCAUCUGUCGGUAGCGAAGAAGAGCUCUCUGAUUCGAACAGCAAAGAUAAUGGUAUUCAUGACAAGAAGUCUACCAUUGCUGAAUCGAUUGCUGCCUUUGAUUCAGGAUCCUCCUCCAAGCGUCAAUUAGGUCCCCUUGCCUGCAAGCAGAUCGAGCGAUAUGUUCUCGUUCCCAUUCUCAAAGAACCUCGCCUCAAACCGUUCCAUCCACUCGUACGAAGCAUUCCUCAACGCAUCGUGAACAAACAGAUUGUCUGUCUGCGCGAUCUCGAGAAAACCCUAUUGUGGUUGGCACCGAAGUCGGCAAAUACUCGAAUCUCGUAUCUCAACUUCUGCGAGUUUACGAUUCAAUGCUUGCAUACUUCGGCGUCUCAUCUUAACGACCGCGAUCAACGACUACCUGCCGAUCGCCCUUAUACUAACGGAUACUUCCUCGAUCUUGUUUCACAGGUCCGCCGAUACGCCGCCAUGAUUCGCGCUGAGCGUGAACGGGUUCAAGCAACCCGGGGCGGUAAGCCCGAGGAGAAAAGUACUCAAGUACACCAAGCCCAUCUGGAACAUGGCAUCUCUAAGGAUGGAAAGCCUCUUGAACUUGUUGUCAUGCAAGACGGAAAGCCUAUUUCUAUGAUGACUGGUAAGCCUUACGAGGUGGACUCUGCCACCUUGGCCAGCUCCAUCAAGCGUACUAUCAAUCUCGAUGAUGCUGUCGAUGAAGGCGUCCAGCGCUCUAUGGCUCGCCGUAAGAAGAAUGCUCCUCCCAUGGACAUUAACCAGAAGUGUUCCCACUGUGAAAAGAUUUUCAAGCGCCCUUGUGACUUGACCAAACACGAGAAGACCCACUCUCGCCCCUGGAAGUGUGAAGAUACUUCCUGCAAAUAUUUCAAGGUUGGCUGGCCCACCGAGAAAGAACGCGAUCGCCACAUGAACGACAAGCAUUCGGAUGCUCCCAAGCUUUUCCGUUGCGGCUUUGAGCCAUGUACCUAUGCCUCCAAACGCUCGAGCAACUGUAAGCAGCACAUGGAGAAGGCUCACGGAUGGAAAUAUGUUCGAUCCAAGAACAAUGGUCGCAGUGGCAGCACUGGCAGCAAGCGUGAUUCCUCUGUUCAGGCUACCCCUCAGACACCUAGUGUCUCUACUCCUGCUUCCAAGGCCACUGAUUUCGCUACUCCAACCACUGGCCCCAGCCCCUCUCCCAGUGACCAGACUUACAACUGGCCUGAACACAACUUCAACUUUGCAGAGCCUCCAGCGCCUCUCAGUGAUGACUUCCCCUUGUUCGGUGAAUCACCGCCUUACUUGAUGAAUGAUAUCAACUCUUUCCCGACCUCGAUGAAUCUAGAUGGAUUCCAGGCUCAGUUCGGAGCUGGUGAUCCGAACGAACUGAUCCCGGCUCUGGAGAUGCACCGGCAGUCCAUGAACUCCAUGUCUGUCCCUUCGUCAGAGUCCGUUCCGGACCUGAUGGGACCCGUGUCCUUUGAUGGAUCUCCCCUUGCUGGAACAGACAGCAUCAACUUCGAUCUUGAGUGGAACAACCUCGAGUACCCCCUCAACGAAGAGUACAAUGCCAUGUCCAUGCGUAUGCAGGCACCUACUCACCCGAUGGAGGCUAUGAAGGGUUACUCGAACGAGUAUGCCCAGAUGAACAACAACCAUCUGUCCUACGGUCUUCCCACGAAAGUCUCCGGUCUCUCCCCCGGUGCCCAGGGCAAUGCCAUGCUGUACUCUCCCGAUUCAUCCAACGUCGGUGACACCUUGUCGGAGCGCUACGAGUAUGCUCUCCAGCCUCAGGCUGGGAACGACUUCACUCUGUUUGAUCCAACAUCUCAGAUGUCUCAUGCUGCUCCACGCAUGACGCAGAGCAACAGCAGCGAGGCGAUGCAGUACCACCGGACUCAGCAGACCAUGUUCCACUCUCUUAAUGAGCAGCAGCGCGCUCUCAUGAACUCCUGGAACGGCCAGCCCAUCCAGGGCCACUAUUUGCCCCGCGACAACAUGGAGAUGGAUUUCAAAUAA